AUGGAUAAAUUAAAAAAUUAUUGGUCAAAAACCAAUCGAUGGCAUCGUGUUAUAUUCCUGUUUCUGGUUGUGGAGCUUAAGGUAAUACCGGGAGGCCAGUUGGGUUUUUAUUGUAACGACCCAGCGCUUUCUCACCCAUAUACUGGAGACACAAUCAGUUGGAAAUGGCUCUUGGGUGUUACUGUACUCUUGCCGUUGGUUGUUAUGUUAAUUGUGGAGAGGCAACAGCAUAAUAACGAGAACACCGAAGCGGGUAGACGUUUGGCACUACGAUGGUACAAGGAGUAUUUAUACGGAGUCCUCAUCAAUCUGACCGUUGUUCAGACCAUGAAACUGGUCGUGGGGUCACCGAGACCCCACUUCUUCGACACCUGCCAACCCCAAGAGGCACUAACAUGCGUGGGGCAAGAAUACGUGUCUAGUUAUACCUGCACCAAGGCCUAUUGGCUCACCCAGUCGGACAAGAGUUUCCCUUCCGGCCACACCUCCCUAGCUUUACACGCCGGACUGUUCGUAGCUUACUAUCUGGGCCGCCGGUGCGUAUUGAGGCCGAAGGCUGUGCACGUGGCGCGGUCGGCGUGCGUUGCUGCCGCCGUCUACUGCGCCGUCUCCCGCCUUUGGGACAAUAGACAUCACUGGUGGGACGUGCUCGCUGGGGCAUUCCUCUCCGGCCCCAUCCUCCACUACACCAUCAAAUCGCUGUGCGGGGAUUUCGAGUGUCCGUCACCGUGUAAAGAAGACAAAGAAGACGCCGUAACAGAGAAGAUAAAUGGUACCAAAACCAAUGGUACUAAAACCGGA